AGCGAAACGUGCAUUUGACAGCUACCUCGUGGUAAACAAAAAACGGCGUGAGUGUGCUACUUGUCCGCAGAAAGCCGGUAAAUUUGCAUCGAAUAUUUAGGGUAAACGGCUCGAACACUCGAAAAACAACACAUUCACCAUGAUCCGCAACGUUCGUUUCCUUCGGUGGGCUGCUGGCAAGAGCUUCUCGACCGCGAAAUCUACCUCGACCACCGGUGCAGCGUCCCAGUGGAAUGCCGGUAUCGUUGCACAACCAUGCAGCGGUAUUGCGACAUGUGCUAUCAAGCCACUAUCGGCCAUGUCGGGCGCAAGUAUUGCCCGGCAAAGCGCCGUCUUCUCCAUCGCUAGCCGACAGAUUCACACCAAAGGCGAGCGGGAGCUGGUGGAGUUUUUGGCGGAAGAAAUCGUGGCCGAGAAAAAGGCCAGCCCGAGCGCAACCAUUCCAACGUCGCUGAACGGAUUUGCCAUCACGUGCAACAAGGCCGAUGUGGAGCUGACGAAAUCGUCCGAACGUGAAAAGGUUGUCAUUUCGUUCAACGUUAACCACACGGUGGACAUGGAAGGCGAAGAGACGGAAGCGACGGAAAACAAGCCGGAAUUUUCCGCCAUGAAAAGCCGUCCCCAGUUUGAGGUGGACAUUGUGCGCGGUGGAACCACGCUGUCGUUCACGUGCUCCUAUCUGCCCGGUGAGGCACAGGAGGGCGAGUACAAUGAUGUGUUUAGCAUCGAUGAAGUCACCAUUUUCCAGGGUGAAUGGAACGACAAGGUGUACGCAGUGGCUGGUGAUGUUCUUGAUGGGUACCUGUACGAUCUGUUGAUGAAUUUCCUCGAGGAGAAGGGCAUCAGCAAUGAGUUCGCCGAGAAAAUGUCGGACUUUGCCAGUGCGUACGAACACGCCAAGUACGUGGAAUUGCUCGAAGCCAUCUCAAAGUUUACCGUGGAGAAGAAAUAAUUUUGCUCUCGUCUCGGGCUGAAGAGGAAAAACAACAAAAAACCGCACCCAUCAUCACGUUUAUCUUAUUGAUGAGUUUUUACUACACGGCUCCCCUUUUUCAAUACAUUUUUCUUACGCAGAAGAAUGUUCGAAAAGAGGGAUUCCAUCCAUAUUACUGCAUUUGUUUUCGUUUGCUGGGAGGAAGAUAGUUAGCCAGCUAGAGGGGGUGAUUCAAACUCAGUGUCAUAGUUACAUAGCGCAUCUCAUCGUACAAUAAACUAGUUAAAGACCAAAA